CCUCUCUCUUCCUUCCUUCUUUAUAUUCCGAUCGCCUCUUCCUCUUCAAUCUCACUCGCAUCGCAUUAACUCUUCACUCCACUGCACUUCACCUCACACGUUCCAUCGCACUUUCCUGCCCUAGCCAACUGUCAUUUCUGUACUUCCUUCUUACGUUUAACAUGCUUGCACAGAACAAGGUCCAAGACAGCAUCAGUGAAGAACAUCUCUAUACUUCCCCACCUCAGCAUGCACCCCUGCCCCAGAGUUAUGGCCAGCGCGAGUUCUCUUGGAAGCCAUCCUCAUUCGAGGCCUUUUCCAAGCGACAUCGAAUGCACGAUCAACGCCAAGAGGACCAGCACAUAUACGAACAUCAUCAAAUAAACCAACAGCAGCAGCAGCACCAGUAUCACCAUGUGAGGCAGAGCCAUCAACAAGAGGACGCAGUCAGUUCCCGCGAGGCAAGACAGCCGAGGUUGUGCUUUAACAAGACACGAUCGAAGACCAUCCACCCAACCAUUGCCAACAUGGUUUCGUCCACGUCAAUCCCAUUUGGGAAGUCGCACUCGUCUCCUCUUCCUUCGCCCUAUCCCUCAUUUUCUCCAGCCCUGUCUCCCUCACCCUCGCCCUUGUUGAGGAAUGUACCCAUGUCUCCUGAACCGGAAUCUGAAGAUAUCAUGCAUCGUCCACGGGCAGUAUACCAUACCCCUUCAGCGUGCAGCUUGUUGCCACCAUCGCCCCCGCCACGACGAGAUAGCGAUGACAUGGACAUGGACCACGAAUACGCAUUUGAAGAGCUGUCGUCAGAUUCAGUGAUGGAUCAGUGCGAGCCGCAGAGGGGUUGGUCCUCUUCUUCGUCCCUACAGACAAACUCCCCUUCGCCUCUCAUGUCCUGCACACCCGAUCAGCUCCAUCCUGAGUAUCCUCUACACCAUCGGCACCAUCCCUCUCGGCAGCAGGAUCUGCCUCCACCACAGCAACAACCGCUGCGGGAUCAUCAUGUGCCGUCCUCUCCUCCAAACUACAUUGUCCAAGAUCAAUUGCGGCGACCGCAAGAUAAUCGUCGUGAAUAUCUCUACCAUCCAGGCAGCCAUCCCCAUCACCGUCGCCACAGCGUACAUGGCCGUUACGGGGACUAUCAUCGUCACCACCACCACCAACGCAGUAGUAGUAGAUCGAUGCAAGGAAAGUCGGAUAUGGCCCCAGGAGAACCAGCGAUGUCGCCGAUAUGCAGGUCGAGUUCUCUCAAGGCGCACACAGCCCGAAAUUUGAGGCCACGCCUCCUUUCUGUUCCCAACGGCACCGAUGUUGGCACUCUGCAGCAUCCUUCUGGCUCAUUUGAUUCCCCGCCUGUUGUCGCCGGAUCAGCGUCAAAUAUUGUGCAACCAGUUGCUGUCAAGAUACAAGGGUCACCGUCUAGACCUCAAACGCCACCAUUUUUUCGCCCACUUCCGCCACUUCCGCAGCCGCAGCAAGAGCCGACGGAUACAGAAAAUUUUCGACGCGCACCUGCAGCAUCUACUGUCGCACCAUUGCUACCUAGGCCCAAGUAUUUCGAGUACAUGAGCGAGGCUCAAAGGGUGUUGUACGAGCGUCACCCGCCCUCGCCUGAAUGUGAUCGGACUUCCUCGUCAUCGCCGUCGUCUUGCCCAGCAUCGCCAUCCGAUAUCUCUUGCGAGUCUUCUGUACCACCGUCGCCAGUUCAAUUGAGAAGACAUGCAUCCUAUGAGAAAGUUCUAUUGGGGUCUCGUCUUCCACCCCCACGUUCUCAUUCUGACACUGCCGCGACUUCUAGUUACGGCUAUGACACCCGAUCUUCAGAGCCAAGUCGAUUGCAUCAGCAGCAGGCACAACCUAGACAUCAACUUCCCAGGAUACCGACAUUCGGUCAGAUGUCGCACCAGCCGCUCAAAGAGCCAGAGACCCAUAUGAACUCCAAAUCAAGGUCGCAAUUGACAUCGUCUCUGCCAAUUCUCAUACCACCUCACAGCGGAGGAGGGGUAGGUCGCUCAGAACAUGUCCUUAUUUCCACCGGAGUAACCCCACUGCAAAACUUGCCGGGCACGGAAGGUAUGACGGUUGUCAGGAACGAGGACGGCGCGAUCAUGGUUUACAAUCCGAUAAUGGACACGAUGUCCUUUCGAUGCGAGCGGUGCCCAGGCGAGUCAUUCGGACGGAUUCAUGACCUGAAGAGACACCAGACUUCGAAGCACCAGGAGAUGACCUGGCCGUGCGACUUUUGUCACCGUCCAUUCGUGAGACGAGAUGCGUUGCUGAGACACUAUACCGUCAAAGCUGCUAGAGACGAUGGACUCCAUCCAGCGUCGCAUGAGGUCGACAGGCUGCUGGCUGCCCGUGCCCGUGCCAAGAUGCUGUUUUAAUAGCUUUCGUGCUUUUUCUUCUUACUCCUCUUUUCUGCA